UUUCAUAGAUGAAGAGUGGGAGCUUAAAAACAAAGUUCUUCAAACACGACAAAUGUUUGACUCACACACAGGUGUUAACAUUGCUGAUGUCUUGAAACAAGCCAUAGAUGACUGGGAGUUGAAACGUCCACAUGGACAGCAGCCUAUUACAUCAGACAGCGCAGCAAAUGUAUGCCUUGCAGUCGACAUUGCAGAGAUGACACCCCAUAUCCGAUGCUUUGCACAUAUCAUCAAUCUUGCAGCCCAACAAGCUCUUCAUAUAAAUGAAGUUCAAUGUCUUCUUGGAAGAGUCAGGAGAAUUGUUACUUUCUUUCAUAAGAGCAGCACAGCAAAUUACCAGUUGGAGCUGAAACAAAAGCUACUUCAACUUCCUAACCAUCUUCUCAUCAACAAAGUGAAAACAAGAUGGAACAGCGCCUAUGACAUGAUUGAACGAUACUUGGAGCAGCAGCCAGCUGUGAUGGCAGCACUUAUGUCACCAAAUAUUAAAAGGGAAAAGGACCUGGACACACUGAGCUCAGAUGACAUCACUCUUGCUGAACAUUUCAUCAAAGUCCUGGGCCCGCUGAAAACAAUCACUACCAUUCUCUGUGAAUCAAACAUACCAACUCUAUCAAUGGUGAGGCCACUUCUUCAGAACCUAUCACAAGCUAUGGCCCCAAAUGUUGAGGAUGUUAAACCUGUCUCUCAGAUGAAAGCUGCUAUUCUGAACAGUCUUGCAAAAAGGUACACAGAUGUGGAGAUAAAAAAAGUACUGCUACAAGCAUCGUUUGUUAUCCCAGGUUCAAAGCUCUGCCCUUCCUCAGCCAACAAGAGAAGCUGGAGGUCCAAGAAUCUCUUUGUGACUUGGCUGAAGCAAUGAAUGACAGCUCCCUUGAGUAUUGUAUCGUUAAAUCUGAACCAUGUUCAGGUCCAGAUGCUCGGAGAGAUCCACCACUACCAGAUGUACCAGUACAGGUGCCCACAGCUGUGAAGGAGGAAGUAGUCAACCCACCUAAGAAGACGGCAUUGUCUUCAUUAUUUGGUGAUGUCUUUGUUGUUUCUCAUGUACCUGCCACACUGACCAAGAAGGAGAUGAUACAUAAUGAACUAAAAGACUACACUGGAGAAGAAUGUGCAGAUGUGAACACCAAUCCACUCAAGUGGUGGCAUGUGCAUGACCAUAAAUAUCCAACAUUUUGUUCUGUGGAAGGCGUAUUACAGUCACGUCAUUUGUCCCAGUAG